UAUUACAACAAUGAACAACCCUUCCGAAGCGACGUCGCAUUCAGUCGGAGGAAGUGAGAACAUCCGUCCAUUAAAAUAGAGUCAAAACAACACGAUUAAGAUAACACGAAACCCAAUCUUUCACUGUCUCUCUUAUAAUUCUCAGAUCUCUUUCUCUCUCUCGUGUAUCUUUUAAUCGAACUCCCAAAAUCCGUUAAUUUUCACAGGGAAGAUCGAGGGUUUUGAAUAAUCACGGAGAAUCAACCAUGUUUAAUCGGCUUUUUGGGAAACCUAAACAGGAAACCAAUGCUCUCACAACGCUUGACAAGUUAAAUGAGACGCUUGAAAUGCUUGAGAAAAAGGAGAAAGUACUCCUGAAAAAGGCUUCUGUAGAGGUUGAAAGGGCCAAGGAAUACUCCAGAGCAAAGAACAAAAGAGCUGCAAUACAAUGUUUGAAGAGGAAGAGGCUAUAUGAACAACAAAUAGAACAGCUUGGGAAUUUCCAAUUGCGCAUUCAUGAUCAGAUGAUUAUGUUAGAGGGUGCAAAAGCCACAACUGAGACUGUAGAUGCAUUGAGGACAGGAGCAUCUGCAAUGAAGGCAAUGCAGAAAGCAACGAAUAUAGAUGAUGUGGACAAAACCAUGGAUGAGAUCAAUGAGCAGACUGAGAACAUGAAACAGAUCCAGGAAGCUUUGUCAACUCCUAUUGGUGCAGCUGCCGAUUUUGAUGAGGAUGAGUUGGAAGCAGAACUUGAAGAACUGGAAGGUGCAGAGUUGGAAGAACGGCUUCUUCAGCCUGCAACCACAGCUCCAGCUGCUCCAGUGCAAGUUCCUGCUGGCAGGCAACAAGCUCGCCCUGUUCCACAGAAGCGCACGGCUGAGGAAGAUGAACUUGCUGCCUUACAAGCUGAGAUGGCACUUUAAGCAGUGCAGGUGUUGUUACCCAGGUAUGAAGAGAAUGUUUUAAAAACUGGCCAUAUUCUAUACGAAGAUUUAUGCUCUAUUCCGAUAGGGUUUGUGUGUGCAUUCAAUGAAUAGACUGUAUAUAAGAUUGCAUAAACCGAAAUGAAGUCCCAUUCAAAUUAUGUAAUAUGUAUCAUGCUUUUUAAACCAUUAAAUUGAAUUUAUUGUCUGGCGAUGUAUUUUUCCUUUUCUUUGGGUUUUUAAGCAAGAAAGUUUGUAGCUUUGAGAGACUUUGGCAAAAUUUAUAUCUCAUGAAAUACUGCCAAGUUAGUUAUGGCAAUUUUAUCUGGAAGUCAUAUACGAAAAGGA